GUGAAGCUCCAGACGGACGGAGAGCGAAGCGAAGAAGUUCAUCAAAAUGAGCAGUUCAGCGGUCGUAUCGGGGCUCUGAACUCUUAGGCUGCCGGGCGGUGAUAGUUUUCUGUCACACGAAUGUUUCUUUUUUUUAAUUGAAUGUCUUCGCUCAGCCAGCUGCCUCGUUAAGUAUAAGUGUGCAGACAGUUUGUGAAAGUUACUUUUAGCUAGCUAACCUCUAAUUAGACGACGCCAUGAUCCCCGAAUGCCCACGCGCCGGGGACUCCAGGAGCCGGACCCGCCUCCACUACGGUCCGGCGGCCGAACCGAGCCAGGACCGGGGCGGCAGCGGCGGCUUGUUGUCGGAAAUCAGAACCACCAUCAACAACGAGCCUUUCGUGGACCACUACACCAUCAUCCCCGGCAAAGAGCUCGGACGGGGGAAGUUUGCUGUGGUCAGAAAAUGUGUGGAGAAAUGCACGGGUAACGAGUAUGCUGCAAAGUUCAUGAGGAAGAGACGAAAAGGGCAGGACUGCCGGAUGGAGAUCAUCCAUGAGAUUGCAGUGCUUGAGCUGGCCACAGCCAGUCACCGAGUGGUCAACCUCCAUCAGGUCUAUGAGAUGGCUUCUGAGAUGGUGCUGGUUCUGGAGUUCGCGGCUGGAGGAGAGAUCUUCAAUCAGUGUGUGUCGGACCGGGAGGAGGAGGCCUUCAGCGAGGAGGACGUGAAGAGGCUCAUGAGGCAGAUCCUAGAGGGAGUGACCUUCCUCCACCAGAACAACGUGGUCCACCUCGACCUGAAGCCUCAGAACAUCCUCCUGACCAGCAGCUGUCCCUUGGGUGACAUUAAGAUUGUGGACUUCGGUCUGUCCCGGAUGAUCAGCAGCCAUCAGGAACUCAGAGAGAUUAUGGGAACCCCAGAGUACGUUGCUCCUGAGAUUCUGAAUUAUGAGCCCAUAAGCACAGCGACAGAUAUGUGGAGUAUUGGUGUGUUGGCCUAUGUGAUGCUGACGGGGAUCUCUCCCUUCCUGGGCGAGGACAAACAGGAGACAUUUCUCAACAUUUCCCAGCUCAAUGUGAGCUACACCGAGGACGAGCUGCAGCAGCUGGACCAGGCCGCCCUGUCCUUCAUCCAGACGCUGCUCCGGAAACAGCCACAGGACCGGGCCACAGCAGAGCAGUGUCUCCAACACCCCUGGCUUCAGUCCUCAGAGCUGCAGGAAACCCAGACAGUGGAAGAGAUCCUCUCAGGAGAGGACCAGGACCCAUCCAGCACCAGCAGCAGCUCCACCUCCAGCCCUGAACCUCCCAGUAGCACCAGCACAGCUGAGGAGGAGGAGGAAGAUGUGGAGGAAGGCCCGGUGACAGAAGAGCUGAUCGUUAUGGCAGCUUACACACUGGGUCAGUGCCGCCAGUCGUCCAGCUCCACCUCAGAGAAAGAAGCUCUGGCUGCUGAGCAGAAGGCCAUCUCCAAACGCUUCAAGUUCGAAGAGCCCUUCAGCGCCCUGCAGGAGGUCCCUGGAGAGUUCAUCUACUGACCCAACACACACACCACCAGCCUCUGACAGGGGAGGAGAAGUUAGUGUUGUCAUGGUAACAAAAAUAAGCCCUCUGAUUAUACAAACUCCCUUCAUCUAUACUGUAAGUGUAUAAUCAGAUGCUGCUGUACAAUUUAACUUGUUGGAUUUUAAGUGCAUUAAUAAUGACGCUACUCACAAACUUCUCCCAGAAUGCAUCAAAGCUAACCUCGAUCCCCAGCCUCCUAAAACAGCUCCAGUAGCUGCCGUAUGCUGCAUCUCAUUAAGGCUGCUGUUGUACUUUUUUAUUUCCACCCUGAAUACCUGGAUAAGUGUAGACACCAGUUAGCUCCACAAGCUGCAGUUUGGACUGAGGUCAUCUUUCUACAACCAUUUUAGACCAGCUGUCAGUGAUCAAACAGGGAGACAUCAUCUAAAAAAAAAUCACAUUUGGACACUUUGAGUUCUGUGCAGUUUCAAGAUCCAACACAUAAAGUCACAAAUACUUCAAACAGUGCUUGACACUGAAAGGUCCUUUUGGUCUUGGAGCACCAGGUCAGUCAAUAGUAAACUGCUUCUUAAUACUGCUGUUAGUAUUAUUAUUAUUAUUUAUGCCAUGCUUCUAGCUCUACUGGCAGCAGCACUCUGAACGUCUCUGGACUUCUGGGUCACAUGCUUGAAAAGUGUGUUGGUCUUUCAAUGCAGUGUAGUUUGGAUAUUUGGAUUGAAACCCAGAGGAGCAGUGAACCGGACAGAACUCAGUCACAAGAUCAAGGUGUCGGUCCAGUUUCAGUGGAAACCCUCAGAAAUUCUCACACAUGCCGAGUAUCUGCUGAAUAAUAUGGUUAUUUACCAAAAAUGCAAUAUGUAAAUUAAAUCUAUAAACUGUUGUUUGCUAAAAUGCGGUCACUUAAAUAUGAUAAAAUGUCAGAUUUCCUGCUACUUGCAUUGCUGUGCUAUAACAGGAGGGAUUGAGUCACAAGGCUGGGCUAAAAAUCCUGACAAGGUUAAAAAUAAUAACACUAGCUUCUAGCUUUUUAGCUCCUUUACGUCUCACGGUACCAACACUUUAAAGCCACUCCCAGUUCAGGUCUGAAGUUACACAGUAUUGUUGAAAUAGGCAACAAAGUUCAGUUGUGAGUUGACAGCGGUCUGGCAACCAGUGGACACAUUCUGACAGAAAUAAUAAAGCCGGUUUGGGAUCUUGAAUGUAACACCAGACUCACAGGUGGAAACGUUUUGUGGCUUUCAGGUGUACGUGUUUAGUUUUUCUCUCACUUGACUCAGUGACUGGACUUGAGAUGAUUUUCUACACAUAAAGUUUAGGUCUAAUAAAGGUUUUGUAUAUAUAAAACUGUAAUGAAUUAAACUAAUCAGACUACAGAGAGUAAUUGUUGACCCCGUCAGUGGUUUUACUGACCAUCCUUUUGGUUGCAGCACUGCAAGCAUGAGUUACUUUCACUGGUUCCUGGUCAUGUUUUCUGUGUGGAAAUAUCUCAUCCUGGCUUCAGAGACCUGAAGUCCUUGACCUGGUUUUGACAAACACUGCUAGAAACCAGGAUUUAGUGGCAUUUAAACACUUGAUCUGGGCUCCUGAACCUUCUAGAGUGGCUGAGAUGGUGAUGAAUCAGAACUCAGCUGCUAACAGAUCGUCAACAACGUGAUCGCUGUUAGAAUCAUCCAGAAAGUAACAUACAUAACCAAGUUUCUCAUUUCAACCUCAUAACCCAAAUACCAUCAAACCCAGGAUAGAACUGUCAAACCCAGGAUAGAACUAUCAAACCCAGGAUAGAACUACAAACCCAGGGUAGGACUAUCAAACCCAGGAUAGGACUAUCAAACCCAGGGUAGAACUACAAACCCAGGAUAGGACUAUCAAACCCAGGAUAGGACUAUCAAACCCAGGAUAGGACUACAAACCCAGGAUAGGACUAUCAAACCCAGGAUAGGACUAUCAAACCCAGGAUAGGACUACAAACCCAGGAUAGGACUACAAACCCAAGAUAGGACUAUCAAACCCAGGAUAGGGCUGUCAAUCCCAGGGUAGGACUAUCAAACCCAGGAUAGAACUAUCAAACCCAGGACAGAACUACAAACCCAGGAUAGGACUACAAACCCAGGAUAGGACUAUCAAACCCAGGAUAGGACAACAAACCCAGGAUAGGACUACAAACCCAGGACAGGACUAUCAAACCCAGGAUAGGACUACAAACCCAGGAUAGGACUACAAACCCAGGAUAGGACUAUCAAACCCAGGAUAGGACUACAAACCCAGGAUAGGACUACAAACCCAGGACUAUCAAUCCCAGGAUAGAACUGUCAAACCCACGAUAGAACCAUCAAACCCAUGAUAGAACUAUCAAACCCAGGAUAGAACUAUCAAACCCUGGAUAGGACUACAAACCCAGGAUAGAACUACAAACUGUAAUCCUAAUGUGCAUGUAAACACGGUGGCUGACAUGAGGGGCAGCACUGGAUCCAGCUGUCCACAAUCCUCCACAAACCUCAACAGAAGAAUCUAUCACUAGAUAUUCAUUUUUCCUUAAAAAAAAAAAAAAAAGAACGGCUCCUUGCUCGUCAAUCAGAAGUGAGAAUUCUGAGCUGCUUAAGUAUCAGAUAGUGAUGACGGUGAGCUCACAGAAGCAGCAGUCAGUCCUCCUGAGUGCCCUGACUUCUGAUAGAAAACUAGCAUUCUUGGAAACCAGACGAGAACCAGAUGAGCGAACUGCUAACAGUUCCUCCUGCCUCUACGAGAAGACAGCGUCCAGAUAUCCUACUGUAUCAGUCGUAUAAUGCUGAGAGCCUCUCUACUGUGUAUGAGGCGUGUACAUGCAGCUCAUAUUCAGCUCCAGUCACUGAAUCUCUGCAUGUGUCCUGAUGACUGGACGGAUGGUUUGCAGUUGUUUGUCGCACUUAUUAAAAACAGUGAGCAAAACUUAUUUUGUGAUUUUUGAACCAAAUGGCUGUUAACUUGUGUCACGUCCUCGUCUGUGCUGCUUUACUCUGAACAGAACCCACUUCUGAGUCAACCCUGUUUGGUUCUUUCCUUUAUUUUGUAUUUGGUGCCAUGAUUUUAGCUCUUGCUGUUUAUUAUUAUUAUUAUUAUUACUUCAGGCGUUUCUGUGUUUGCAGAUAUCUAUGAGAUAAUAUUUUGGAGUUUUUGUUUUUUAUUCUGUGUACUAAGAUUUGUAUUGAGCAGUACUGUUUAAAGAGCCUUGUCACAUUUUCCCCUUCAGUCUGAAGCAGUCACUGGCGGAUCAUUUCAACUUGUACAUGCAAACGACGAUACAAACUCAGUGGUUCCUGCUGUAGAUUUUAGUCCCUGAGAUGAUAAGCUGUUACUAUGGGAACAGAUUUGUACAUGAAUGUCCUGUACUGUAAAUAAACAUUUGAAAACUGUUAAAA